AGGCACUAAUAAUGUGAGUCAGCACUCUCGUACGCAUGCGCAUACAAAAUACGAGCCAGCGAUAAAAGCCGGUUCAAGAAAGAAAAGUUUACAGAAAAAUGGGUCAAAACCAGUCAGGCCCAGGAGGCGGUGGAGCUGGGGACAAGAAAGGAGACAAAGACAAAAAGAAAAAGUAUGAACCUCCUGUACCAUCCCGUGUUGGCAAACGCCAGAAGAAAGCCAAAGGACCAGAUGCUGCUAACAAACUUCCAGUCGUGACACCACACAGAAACUGCCGUCUGAAGCUGCUAAAGCUGGACAGAAUUAAAGAUUUUCUGCUAAUGGAGGAAGAAUUCAUACAGAACCAAGAACGUCUGAAGCCACAAGAGGAAAAACAUGAGGAAGAAAGAUCUAAAGUGGAUGACCUACGUGGAACGCCGAUGUCUGUUGGUAACCUGGAGGAGAUCAUUGAUGAUAACCAUGCCAUUGUGUCCACAUCUGUCGGCUCUGAACACUAUGUCAGUAUCCUGUCAUUUGUCGACAAGGACUUGCUGGAGCCUGGCUGCACUGUGCUGUUAAACCACAAGGUACACGCUGUGGUGGGUGUUCUAUCUGAUGAUGCUGAUCCCAUGGUCACUGUCAUGAAACUUGAAAAGGCACCACAAGAAUCAUAUGCAGACAUUGGUGGACUUGACACACAAAUUCAAGAAAUUAAGGAAUCAGUGGAGCUCCCUCUUACCCACCCCGAAUUGUAUGAAGAAAUGGGGAUCAAACCGCCUAAGGGUGUCAUCUUAUACGGCCAGCCCGGUACCGGGAAGACACUCCUGGCUAAGGCGGUCGCUAACCAGACCUCUGCUACUUUCCUCCGUGUAGUAGGAUCUGAACUUAUACAAAAAUAUCUGGGUGAUGGGCCCAAGCUGGUGCGUGAGAUGUUUAGAGUAGCUGAGGAGCAUGCCCCAUCUAUUGUAUUUAUUGAUGAGAUUGAUGCUAUUGGUACCAAAAGGUACGACUCUAAUUCAGGCGGAGAGAGGGAGAUUCAACGUACUAUGUUAGAACUUCUUAACCAACUGGAUGGCUUUGAUUCUAAAGGCGAUGUCAAGGUCAUUAUGGCUACAAACCGAAUAGAGACACUUGACCCUGCACUCAUCCGGCCAGGUCGUAUUGACCGCAAGAUUGAGUUCCCCAUGCCGGAUGAGAAAACCAAGCGGCGAAUCUUCAAUAUCCACACCCAGCGUAUGACCCUGGCCGAAGACGUCAACCUCGAAGAGUUCAUCAUGGCCAAGGACGACUUGUCAGGGGCCGACAUCAAGGCCAUCUGCACAGAGGCUGGUUUGAUGGCACUCCGAGAGCGAAGAAUGAAAGUCACCAACGAGGAUUUCAAGAAGUCUAAAGAGAAUGUGUUGUACCGCAAGAACGAGGGCACUCCGGAGGGACUGUACCUCUAGAACCCCUCCCUCCCCCCAAAGAGAAUGUGUUGUUCCGCAAAAACGAGACCGCUCCGGAAGGACUGUACCUCUAGUACCCCCCCCUCCUCGCCGUCCCAUGUCAUAUAGAACAAAUAAUAAAGAGUUCAAUAAAAACAA